AAUACGGGCGUCGGCCGCGCCGGCGUCGGCGGUCGAGUGCGAGGCAGGGAGCGUGAGCUGUGCGGAGUGCGAGCGAGCGUAGCCUGCGAGCGAGCAGAGAAAGAGGGCGAGCGAGCGAGCGGCGAGGCGCCUGCGCGAUGCUCGGGCCCCUAAGCCCGCGGCUCUGAGCCAGCCGGGACGGACAUGCGCGGGAGGGCGCCGCGGGGCCCCGCUCCCCUGGGGGAAUGAAAACUACUGGUUGACUUAAAAACACCUGGGCUUUACAGAUUUGAAGGCAUUCCAGAGUGGGGCACAAUGUCAACAGCAGGAGUUGCUGCUCAGGAUGUUCGAGUCCCAUUAAAAACUGGAUUUCUCCAUAAUGGCCAAGCCUUGGGGAAUAUGAAGACCUGCUGGGGCGGUCGUAGUGAGUUUGAAAAUAACUUUUUAAAUAUUGAUCCAAUAACCAUGGCCUACAGUCUGAACCCCCCUGCUCAGGAGCACCUAACAGCUGUUGGAUGUGCUUCUCGGUCUGCUCCAGGGAGCGGCCACUUCUUUGCAGAAUGUGGUCCAUCUCCAAAGUCAAGCUUGCCCCCUCUUGUUAUCUCACCAAGUGAAAGCUCCGGACAGCAUGAGGAGGAUCAAGUUAUGUCUGGUUUUAGGAAACUCUCAGUGAAUGGGGCCUACUCUUCCACACCUCCACUCACACCCAUUAAAGGCUGCCCUUCCCCUUUCCCCUGUGCAGCUCCGUGUGAUCGAGGUUCUCGGCCGCUCCCACCACUGCCCAUCUCUGAAGACCUGUCUUUGGACGCGGCCGACUGUGAGGUGGAGUUUCUAACCAGCUCAGACACAGACUUCCUUCUGGAAGACUGUGAGCCUUCAGAUUUCAAAUACGACGUUCCUGGCAGGCGGAGCUUCCGUGGGUGUGGACAGAUCAACUAUGCUUAUUUUGACAGCCCGACUGUUUCUGUGGCAGAUCUUAGCUGUGCAUCUGACCAGAACAGAGUUGUUCCAGAUCCAAACCCUCCCCCAACUCAAAGCCAUCGCAGAUUAAGGAGGUCUCACUCAAGACCAGCUGGGUCAUUUAACAAGCCAGCCAUCCGGGUAUCAGCUUCUCCCAGCCCAGAUGAAGACAAGCCUGAGAUCCCUCCCAGGAUUCCCAUACCUCCUAGGCCAGCAAAGCCAGACUACAGAUGGUGAUCAGCAGAAGUGACCUCCAACACCUACAGUGAUGAAGAUAGGUCUCCCAAAGUCCCCCUGAGAGAACCCUUAUCUCGGAGUAACUCCCGUACCCCAAGUCCUAAAAACCUUCUGUCUUACCUCAAUGGGGUCAUGCCCCCAACGCAGAGCUUUGCUCCUGACCCCAAGUAUGUCAGCAGCAAAGCUCUGCAGAGACAGAGCAGCGAAGGGUCUGCCAACAAGGUUCCUUGCAUCCUGCCCAUUAUUGAAAAUGGGAAGAAGGUUAGCUCAACGCAUUAUUACUUACUACCUGAGAGACCACCGUACCUGGACAAAUAUGAAAAGUAUUUUAGGGAAGCAGAAGAAGCAAACCCAAGCACCCAGAUUCAGCCAUUACCUGCUGCCUGUGGUAUGGCCUCUGCCACAGAAAAGCUGGCCUCCAGAGUGAAAAUGGAUGUGGGUAACCACGGGAAGCGCAAACACUUAUCCUACGUGGUUUCUCCGUAAAUACGGGGGUCAUGGUUCAACAGAAGUUACAAGGAACAGAUGGCUCCCAGUUUCCAGUUUGAGGUUCGUAGAACAAUAUCAAGUGGCAGAAAUGAAGUUGGUGGACUCUGCCUUAAUGAGAAAGGCUUUGAGCAGUUAUGAGGUGCUGCUAUGCUGGGAGCCCCUGAUCUAUCAGCAUAGGAGAAAAAGUCUAUGAUUUAAAG